CGCCCCGGUGAGGAGGCCGUGAAAACCGUUGGGAGGGUCCGUGCGCGUUUCUUCUUCUGGCCGCGCGGGGCGAAGUGGUGGGCAGGAUUGCAUCAAAGCACAGAUGUAUAAUACACUACUGAGAAUUCUGGCAGCUGCCAUCACCUUAACUAAGAAAACACAAUGACUGGAAGAGCUAGAGCUAGAGCGAGAGGACGAGCUCGUGGCCAGCAAAUAGCUGUACCUCCUGUAGGAGCAGCUUCUGAUCAGAGGCCACCUAGCUAUGUGCAACCUAGACCUUUGCAACCUCAACCUCAACCACAACCACCAUCAGAGGGAGAAUUUGUUGGCCGUGGACGACAAAGAGGAGCUCCUAUUGUUCCACAAGGACAUGAUAUUUCAGUUGGUUUUCAGGAACUGUCAUUAGCAGAUAGGGGUGGACGUCGCAGAGAUUUCUAUGACCUUGGGGUAAAUACACGGCAAGCUAUAGAACAUGUUAAAGACUCAAAAACAGGUACUUCAGGUACCACAAUAAGAUUAAGUACGAACCAUUUUCGGUUGACAUCUCGUCCACAAUGGGCUUUAUAUCAGUACCAUAUUGACUAUAAUCCUCAGAUGGAAGCUCGGCGUCUUCGCUCAGCUUUACUUUUUCAGCAUGAAGAAUUUAUUGGGAGGACACAUGCAUUUGAUGGAACAAUGUUAUUCUUACCAAAAAAACUAGAAAAUAAGGUUACUGAAGUGUUCAGUCAGACCCGAAAUGGAGAGAAUGUCAAGAUUACGAUCACCUUGACCAAUGAACUACCACCUACUUCACCUACAUGCUUGCAGUUUUAUAACAUUAUUUUUAGAAGGCUUUUGAAAAUAAUGAACUUGCAGCAAAUUGGACGUAAUUAUUACAAUCCAAAUGACCCAAUCAGCAUUCCCAAUCACAGGUUGAUGAUUUGGCCAGGCUUCACUACUUCUAUUCUCCAGUAUGAAACAAACAUCAUGUUGUGUACGGAUGUGAGCCAUAAAGUUCUCCGCUGUGAAACUGUGUGGGAUUUUAUGUACAACCUGUAUAAACAGAUUGAAGAACAAAGAUUUAGAGAAACAUGUGCUAAGGAACUGAUAGGGCUAAUUGUUCUUACAAAGUAUAACAACAAAACAUACAGAGUUGAUGAUAUUGACUGGGAUUCCAAUCCAAAAUGCACCUUUAAGAAAGCAGACGGUUCUGAAAUCAGCUUUAUAGACUACUACAAAAUGCAAUAUAACCAAGAAAUCACUGACUUAAAUCAACCAGUUCUGGUCAGUCAGCCUAGGAGGAGGAGAGGGCCAGGAAUGCCAGGACCUGCAGUACUCAUUCCUGAACUGUGCUACCUCACAGGAUUGACUGAUAAGAUGCGUAGCGAUUUUAGUGUAAUGAAAGAUUUGGCUGUUCAUACAAGACUGACACCUGAGCAAAGACAGCAUGAAGUUGGAAGACUCAUUGACUACAUUCACAGGGAUGAUAAUGUUCAGAAGGAACUUCGUGACUGGGGUUUGGGUUUUGAUUCCAAUUUACUGUCCUUUACGGGAAGAGUUGUUCCAGCAGAAAAAAUUCAUCAAGCAGGAAAAGUGUUUGACUACAAUCCUCAAUUUGCAGACUGGUCCAAAGAAACUAGGGGAGCUCCCUUAAUUAGUGUAAAACCACUGGAUAACUGGUUAUUAAUAUACACACGGCGCAAUUAUGAUGCUGCCAAUGCAUUAGUUCAAAAUCUAUUUAAAGUCACACCAGCCAUGGGCAUCCAAAUGAACAAGGCAAUAAUGAUUGAAGUAGAUGAUAGAACAGAAGCUUAUUUGAGGGUCUUGCAACAAAAGGUUACCUCUGACACACAGAUAGUAGUUUGCCUUCUAUCCAGUAAUCGUAAAGAUAAGUAUGAUGCUAUCAAGAAAUACUUAUGUACUGAUUGCCCAACUCCAAGUCAGUGUGUGAUAGCUCGCACUCUAAGCAAGCCACAAACUGUAAUGGCUAUAGCAACGAAAAUUGCUUUACAAAUGAACUGCAAGAUGGGUGGAGAGCUCUGGAGUGUUGAAAUCCCAUUGAAACAAGUUAUGAUUGUGGGAAUUGACUGUUAUCAUGACACUACAGCUGGGCGGCGAUCAAUUGCAGGAUUUGUUGCUAGCCUGAAUCAGGGGAUGACACGGUGGUUCUCUCGCUGUGUCUUCCAAGAUCGUGGACAAGAACUUGUGGAUGGACUCAAGGUCUGCUUGCAAGCUGCUUUAAGAUCCUGGUUCAGCUGCAAUAAUCAUAUGCCGUCUCGCAUUAUCGUGUAUCGUGAUGGUGUAGGAGAUGGUCAGCUAAAAACCUUGGUUAACUAUGAAGUACCCCAGUUUUUGGAUUGCUUGAGAUCUGUUGGUAAAGAUUACAACCCAAGACUUACAGUAAUAGUGGUGAAGAAACGAGUGAAUACUAGGUUCUUUGCACAGGCUGGUGGAAGACUUCAGAAUCCACCCCCUGGUACAGUUAUUGAUGUAGAGGUUACCCGACCAGAAUGGUAUGAUUUUUUUAUUGUGAGUCAGGCUGUGAGAAGUGGUAGUGUUUCACCAACCCACUACAAUGUAAUCUAUGACAACAGUGCAUUGAAACCAGAUCAUAUGCAACGUUUAACUUACAAGCUCUGCCACAUGUACUAUAACUGGCCAGGUGUUAUCAGAGUGCCUGCACCUUGCCAAUAUGCCCAUAAACUGGCUUUUCUUGUGGGUCAGAGCAUUCACAGAGAACCGAAUCUGUCACUCUCAGACCGUUUAUACUACCUUUGAGCUACAGAAGUGGAUACAGUGAAGUUUUUGGGACUUCUUGUGUGGUGUGUCUUGAACAUAUCGUGAUGGUACAUCAGAAAGAUAGACUUCUACAUCAUCAGGCACUUCUUCAAGAAAGUUUGAAGGAACCAACCCCUUCUGUCCAUUAAGCUCACCCUGCAAUAUGAUAAACAAUUGGUCUUGCAGUUAUUUACAAAUAUGAAUGACUGUAAACAUGUAACACUCCUAUGAGAUAGAGAACUACUCGUCUGUAUUUCAUGGACGGAGAAACCAAGGAGCAAAGAGCAAGUGACUUGCCCAAGAUCACACAGAAAACCUGACAGAGGUGGGCACAGAAUCUAGAUGUCCUGGCUCCGAUCGAGGUGCAAAUUACCUAUCUUGCAGAAAAGAGGCUUAAAAAAAAGAUAGGCACAAAGUGUUCUGUAAUUUCAGGUGAAGUUUGUGUCCAGUAUAUUAAAGGAAUGUGUUUAGAUUACUUAUGGUUAAGUUAUGCAUCCACUUCUUUGACAAUAUUAAAGUCACUGUGGCGUUUAAUCUCGGGGCAGAGAAGGCUAUGCCAUGUAUUGAGUAGCUAAGAUCUUUUAAUAUCUCCUUUUGCAUUUAUUUUUUUGACUUUGCAAAGGGAUGUGUAAAGUUACUCACUGGCUAAUCAGAAUUUACCUAAACCUGUUUACACUAGGAUCUGAAUGUCCCUUAGCAUUUUAUAGCUCCUGACAAGAGCUAAGCACUUACUGGUAUUAAUGUGCUAACUUGGCAUGGGAUGAAAUGUAUACUGGGGGUGGAGAGCCAGUGCAAGACCCUCUAUACCAUUUCUGCCCUAGAUAGCAGAUGCACAAGGGAAAAUGGGUGAAGCAACCCUCUUAGGAGUGUUUGCACAUUUCCUGUCCCUCCUAUGCAAUAUAGGAUAGAGAUAGAUGGAGAAAAGGUGCUGUGUUCUUGUGGACAUGGAACCAGGAGAUGCAACCCCCUUUGCAGCUGCUGGGGAAGGGUUGUGGCUUUAAUUUCAGCAGACACCUGUUAUUCCAGCUGCUAACCAUGGGUCAGAGGAGUGGAUUUCACCACCCCAUUUGCUCUGCACUUUUCCCCCAUAGAGCCCUAGUGCACAGGCUUUAUGUAGAUGGAGUGGAUUUCACCCCAUGCAAGUAACCUUUGUUUACUAACAAUCUGUUUACUUCUAAUCUGUGUCCCUUUACUGACUGGAGCCCUCAGCAAAAGGGUGGCUAGAAAUAUUUGAUUCAAACAGUAUUAUGUCAGCUGCAGUAGUUACAAUUUGAUUAGCUAUUUGGGCAUAUAUCCACAUUGCUGUUCUUCUUGCUUGCAGUUCAGAAUACAUUUAUUGCAGCUAAAGUCACUAGGCAGAUGUUCUUGUAACUUGUAGAAAUGUUUGAAAACAGCUACAAAUCUGAGAUGCAGGAACAGCACUAUUUACAGUGUCACUUUGUACCUAAGAAUUAAGGAAUAGCAACACUAAGUG